CGCUUCGCAGCUGCGCAAGCUGCUCGGUCGUCGCGUCGCCGCGAGGUCGGAUGCGGCACCCUCCGACAUGAGCUGGAGUUUGCGCGUUUAUGACGCCGCGGGCCGCCCUCAAAUCACGGACGAAUGCUCCUUGCAGCACCACCCCCAUGCGCGUCGUUCUUCACGGCUUGCCCUCGCGUUCAAUUGCCACUGCCUUCUUUGGCACGCACAUACCCGUGGACCGGUGCGAACAUCUCGUUCCACGUCCGAGUCCUCGCGCACCCGAACAUCUUGUAUUUCGACGAUCGCGCGAGGCUCGAUGUUGCCUCCCCAGAUUUGGCGACCUCCUCAGAGUCAUCGAACUCCCGCGUCGACGUCGCUUCGGGCCGCUUCGAAAAUACAGGGCAAUACUCCCUGAGCUAGAACGCACAUCCCAUAAACGGGCGAAGUCUUAGACACCUGCGCCCUGUCCGUCCCUGCGAGCCCCCUGCGCGACGGAUUCACUCGGACACGCUUGUGGGCGUGUACGUCCCGCUCCGCCGCAUGUGGAUGCGUGGUCACGGACUGGACGACGCCGGCGCUGUACCCUUACACCUGUAUUCGCAUGUCCGGCACGUCGGUCGGACCCGCCCGCUCGAGUGUCAUACAUGCCACACCGGAGACACUGUCCAUGCUC